GGUUGUGUACGGGCCCAGUAGAUAACUGGUUACCCAGAACGUUUUGGAUCCCACAACAAUAACCUAUCAGUAUUUGUCGCGACUUUCUAUCGUCUACGCAGAGCAGUCAUCAGAAACCGAAGUUUAGAGAGAGAAGAGAGAUGAGGUUGUUCGAUCCGUGGCCAGUGUUCUUCAAGAGGGAGUGGAAACGUUGCUGGCCCUUUCUCACCGGAUUCGCCGUAACCGGCGUCCUCAUCACCAAGCUCACCGCUGGAUUCACUGAGGAAGACGCCAAGAACUCCAAGUUCGUCCAGCAACACAGGCGGUAA